UUCAGUCACGUGACUUCUUACAGUCAAGGUGUCCAUGUGAACCAGGAAGACAGGUGUGUGUCUGCACUCACAAGAAGAAGAGGAGGAGGUGGAGACCGGCACAGCACCUUACACCACCUGGACAUGUCUAUCAGCCGGAGUAACUGGUCUGCCCUGUCCAGGUUGGCCAAACAGUGGUCGGAAGAUGAUGAAGAGGAACAAAUACGAGAAAGGAGAAGACGAAACAGAAUUCUGUCAAACCCAGCAGAUAGAGUAAUUGAAGUAUUGCCAGAAGAGAGCAAUUCAUCUUCUACCACCUUGUCACGAGGCCAUACCAUAAGAGACAUAGAAAGAGAGACUCAACAGCCACCUCAGACUCAGAAAGACAAAGAAAAACAACAGGAGCCAGAGGAAGAGGCAGGAAUUACCAAAUCUACCAUCAGCCAAACAAAUGACAACAAGAGUUUCAAUGACAUCAGAAAAGAGGAUGCGGGGUCCAAACCUACAGUAACCAAUGCCAAGAAACCCGUUCGUGAAAAAGAAGAAAUCAUUUCACCCAGAAGUAAAAAGGAAGGAAGCAAAGGCCCUAUAAGCCUAAGGAAAGAGAGGGAGAGGAGUCAGGAUGAAGAAAAUCAGACACCCACAGAAGAAAAACACAGGCCCAAUGUUCAAAAAGAAGAGACUCAAGCAACUGUGAACACAAUAAAAGAUAAUCAAGUAUUUAGGAUCCAGAAAGAAGAAACCCAAGUGGUGAGCCAAGCCAAGGAACAAAACAUUAAUAGAGAAGAUUGCGGGCAGGAUGCUGGCAGAACUCCCAGUGUUCCCAGUAUAACCAGAAUCUCCAGUGUUACUACCAGUGGCACAUCCCCUCCAACAGAAACUGUGGCAGGGAACAAUUCUGUCACUUCCUCUAGCACUGGGAACUCAUCUAGAUACAGAAGCCAGGUGUUUGUGAGCUCUGUAAGGAUACCACGUCGGUCAAGUGGGAGUGAUGGAAUACAGAAUGUAUCAAGCCCCCCACCAGUGCCAGAGGAAGGACCACUGCCUGCUUUAAGAACGGUAAAGAGGACUGAAGUCCAGGCUACAUCCACCACAAAUCAAAACAGCAACACGGAUGAUCUUCCCACAACCCCACCUGCUGCUUCCUCGUUUAGGCGAUUCAGUCCCCGGACUAGCUCCUUCAGGGCAAUGACCCACAGUGAGGAUCAGGUCGAAGGUCGCAGAGGUCUCACACGCAGUUCCAGCCUAAGGAUCUCUCUGCGGAGUCAGAAAUUAGAGGAUCGCCUAGAGAAAUACACUUCUGCUGCACAGAGGUCGGAAAGUGUUAGAAUACCUACUCUCCGGAGUGUCACUGGACUAUCAGAUGGUAUAGCAAACAAGAAAAGUAUCUUUGAAAGGGAUGAAAACUCAAAUGCAAUGAAUACCACCGGUGCCAGGAAGGAUUUAACUCUUCCUGGUGCUGUAUCUCAUCGUGUAAACCAGUGGAGCAACAAGAAUCAACACAACUCAAGCACCAACACAGCAACCAAGGAUAUCAGAACAGGUGAUGUAGCUAGCAAGAGGAGCAUGUGGCAGCAACGUUCUCAGUCAUCGAAUGAUACCAAGCUUUGAAUUCUUACAUGGAGAGAAAGACACCAGUGCCGAUGAAAAAACAUCUCCCAUGCCCCACGGAAUGUGCAAGUGGGACACUCAAAUUAUCUAGAUUCAAAAUGGUGAUUUCUGAGUACUUCUCUGUGUUAACCUGUACCUCUCAGAUGUAAUUACCUUUAUUGUUCCAACCUUCUUUAUUAAAAUUCUGUCAACUGUAAAAAGAAUAUAUGAAUAAAACUCAUGAAAUACCUCUU